CUGGUAGGGAGAAGAGGUUUGUUUUUCUUUUAGAAAGACGGAGCCCUUUCCCCUACUGGGCUCGAUUUCUAGUAGGGGAAGCCCCACCUCUUUGGGCUUUUGAUUGGCCCUACUCUUUUUCAGAUAAUUUAUGCCAGCAUCCUCUCGGUCUGAUUGGCUCCUUCGCUCGAUUCCGCUGGGAGUCGCAUCCUACCUGGUUGGGAGGUGUACUGCCUUCUCACACUCCGUCCUCUCGUACUCACCGGGCUGCAGCUGCGGUGGGAGAAAAAGUCCUGGUCUGGAGAACUGAGCGGAAAAAGCGAUCCUGAUGGGUUCUUGGAAAGCUCUUCUCUUCUCCCCUUUUCUUCUGUGGAGUCAAAGGAGAGGGGUGAGGCUGAUAUUCCUCUUACUGACUCUGCAUCUGGGAAACUGUGUUGAUAAAGCAGAUGAUGAAGAUGAUGAGGAUUUAACAGUCAACAAAACUUGGGUCUUGGCACCAAAGAUUCAUGAAGGAGAUAUAACACAAAUUCUCAACUCAUUGCUUCAAGGCUAUGACAAUAAACUUCGCCCAGAUAUAGGAGUGAGGCCUACGGUAAUUGAAACUGAUGUCUAUGUAAACAGCAUUGGACCAGUUGACCCCAUAAAUAUGGAAUACACAAUAGAUAUAAUUUUUGCCCAAACCUGGUUUGAUAGUCGAUUAAAAUUCAAUAGUACCAUGAAAGUGCUUAUGCUUAACAGUAAUAUGGUUGGAAAAAUUUGGAUUCCGGACACUUUCUUCAGAAACUCAAGAAAAUCUGAUGCUCAUUGGAUAACAACUCCUAAUCGUCUUCUUCGCAUUUGGAAUGAUGGACGGGUUCUUUAUACUCUAAGAUUGACAAUUAAUGCAGAAUGUUACCUUCAGCUUCAUAACUUUCCUAUGGAUGAACAUUCAUGCCCAUUGGAAUUUUCAAGCUAUGGAUACCCUAAGAAUGAAAUUGAGUAUAAGUGGAAAAAGCCUUCUGUAGAAGUGGCUGAUCCUAAAUACUGGAGAUUAUAUCAGUUUGCAUUUGUAGGGUUACGGAACACAACUGAAAUCUCUCACACAAUCUCUGGAGAUUAUAUAAUCAUGACAAUUUUUUUUGACUUAAGCAGACGAAUGGGAUAUUUCACUAUUCAGACCUACAUUCCAUGUAUUCUGACAGUUGUUCUUUCUUGGGUCUCUUUUUGGAUCAAUAAGGAUGCAGUUCCUGCAAGAACAUCAUUGGGUAUCACUACAGUGCUGACUAUGACUACGCUGAGCACAAUUGCCAGGAAGUCCUUACCCAAGGUUUCCUAUGUGACUGCGAUGGAUCUCUUUGUUUCUGUUUGUUUCAUUUUUGUUUUUGCAGCUUUGAUGGAAUAUGGCACCUUGCAUUAUUUUACCAGCAACAAAAAAGGAAAAACUACUAGAGAAAGAAAGCUAAAAAAUAAGGCCACGAUGUCAUCUGGACUCCAUCCUGGAUCUACUCUGAUUCCAAUGAAUAGCAUUGCUCUGCCCCAAGGGGAGGAUGAUUAUGGGUAUCAGUGUCUGGAGGGCAAAGAUUGUGCCAGUUUCUUCUGUUGCUUUGAAGACUGCAGAACGGGCUCAUGGAGGGAAGGAAGGAUACACAUUCGCAUUGCCAAAAUCGAUUCCUAUUCUCGAAUAUUUUUCCCAACGGCUUUUGCCCUGUUUAAUCUGGUUUACUGGGUUGGUUAUCUUUACUUAUAAAUUCUACUCACUAGGCAACAAUCGUAUGUCUGACUAAAGCCAGUGUAGUCUGCUGGACUUCAAUAACAUGAAGUUUAAAUUCAAAAUGCAGAGAAACCAGUGGUUAAAAUAUGAAGUUAUUUUAACUAUUUUAAGGCUUUCAUAGGUAAAUAAAGUAACAGCUUUCAGAUUAAUUUACUUAAAUUUAUGUAAGAUGGAUUAGUUGGAAAAUCCAGUAUAUUAAAAUAGUAUUAUAUAUUUGUACUUUAAUUUUCUUUAUUUUUGCACAUAUUAGGCUUUUGAAUUUAUAAGUUCUGUGAUUCAUAUUUCAAAGACGAAUUAAUUUUAAUACACAUUUUAUUAUUUAAAUAUAAUCUGUCAUUUGUUUGUAAUGGUAGCCUACUCUAAUGUGUAAUAUUUAUGUAAUAAUUUUUUGCCUAGAAAAUAUUGCUAAUUUGAUUUUUUUUUUCCUUUUUAUUUGUGUGCUCUGUUUGGAAUAGAGCUAGUUGAAAAUAUAAAGCCACAAUUUCCUUUUAUUGAUUUCUAAGAAGUCUUACUCCCAAGAAGAAAUUAAUUUAUUUCUAAAUUGUUUAUUAAUUAAAGAAGAAAAGGUCAGUUUUUACCUCAUCUUUAAUCCAGUUUAUUUUCUGCUAAAAUAUUAAAUAGAACUGGUUACAGAUUUGGUGAUUCUCAAACCUGAAUGGAGAUCAUCAAACUCGUUUAUUUUAAAUACAAGAUAAAAAAGUAAGAAAGGAUGUUACAUUUAACCAUUUUAUUCUCUGCCUCAUAGUAUUUAUGAAGAAUGAAGAGAUGAAAACUGAAAUGUUUAGAUCUACCAACACUGAAAGUAAAUGCAGAAAUAAUUGGUUUUUUUAAUCCUCUACAAAAGUGUUACAUUCCUUAAACUGACAAAAAAACAUAGAGGAACAGAGUUUGUAUUUACUCAUUGUGGCUAAAGAAUUUGUAUCUAGCAAACUGAGUUGAAAUUCAUGUUGAGGAUAUGGUCUUACAUGCAUACUAGUAACAUUUUUUGAGACCAGAAGUGUUCUGGAACACAGUUUUAGACCUGUGUUGUACAUCACCUUUCCUAGCUCCUAAAUUCGGACCUGUUCAGUGUUGCUACUUUUUUAUAAAUUGUAAUGAUAUUCUCUUCUCUAGAAAAUAAAGCAGGCCCCAAAAUCAUGGUCAUUACGAUCGUCUCUUCUUUAGAAAAUGGGAGCAGGCACAAAAAUCACGUUAAAGGUGGAGUUCUGCUGGAGGCACCUCGAACAAUCCCGCGUGUGAGAGCGCUCUCGAUUCUUAGUCCUACUGCCAUUUAAAGCCUAUUGGUUAAUGUUUCCCAAAUGUCUGUUUUGUUGUCAGGAAAGGCAAACUUAGGCUUUAAUUAUUCUAUUCCUGUAACUAGUUUGGCCUAUCAACUAUGGGUAAGAACUCUCUAGUCAUUCACCAUCACCUAAUUAUCUGAAAAGUUACCAGAAUGAUCUUGGAGAUAGCCUUUAAAAAUUAUUUCCAUUUGCCAAGAGCAACUAUCAGGAUGAAGCGUUUUAUGAUCAAGGCCUAGCUCAUGGCAUGUGGAGGAAGCUAUCACCUGUGCACCUGUCACUCGUUUUUAGCACACUUCCCCACGUGGUCAGUGAAUACCUGACUAGGCUCUGGCAUGGUUAUACUUACAUUUUUAGAAUACAUAGUGUUCUUUUAAAUCUAAAUACAUUUUACUGUCUAUCCACCACCUACAUCUGAAUUUUUUCACUUUGCUAAAAACCUCAGAAAAAAAGUAAUCAUGAUAAAUGAUAAUGCCCAAAUAUCCACCGACACUGCUUUUUUUGAAUGGAGAGCCAAAUUAAACUUUGGCCAUGUAUAUAUUCACUUACAAAUUGCUCAUGCAUUCAUUUCUAUAACACUGAGUAUUGAUGGAUAUUCUUAAAGUAAACAUCAAUCUCAAUGAAUAUAUGUAUGUUCAUGUAUAACUGAAAAAUUGUGCGCUACACUGGAAUUUGACACAACGUUGUAAAAUGACUAUAACUCAAUAGAAAAAUGUUAAAAGUAAACAUCAAUCUAAAGGUAAAUGGAAAAUGAAGUACCAGUGAAGAAUAAAUCAUUUCACUAAAAUAUCAUGGCUAUUUACAUUCUCUAAUCUAUAGCCGGCUCAUUAUAAUGGGGGCAAUUUUAAUUCUGGGAUUCUUUCAAGUCUAUCUGAGCAUGACCAUAUUUAAAAAUACUUAAAAAUGCUUAAUAUAAAUAGCUUUGACUGUCUCACUAGUGUUCCAUUAACUGGGCUUUAAAUGUUGACAGUAUUUAUAAGUGGAAAUAAAAUUGAUAAAAAUAUGACAGAUGCUUUUCUCUAUACAGCCAUUGUAUAUACCAUUAAAACAAGUGCUUUGUUUUCAAAGCCAGUGGUGUCUGAGCAGUCCUAUCUGAAUAUGCAGAUCAAAAAGGGAAGUGUACAAAUAUUAUUUCUAAAAAUGAGAUUGUAAAAGUGAAAAUAUAGCUAGAUUAUUUUUACAAGAAAUCAAGUAGGGCUUACUUUCAAGGGGAAUGCAGUCUAAUCUCUGUUUCUCUCUUUUUGCAAGUAUUAGUUUUUUCAUUCUGAGAAAUAGUUUUUUUUAAAUCCUCUUUCUCUAGACACAUUGUAUCUUAAUUUUAUUGGAUCAUGGGCACUUGUGUUUCCUGGCAGCUUUAAAUGCUUUGAACGCGAAUAUAGACCAAAAAGAGUGGAUAUGGAGGAAGGGAAGGAUAAUUGGAGUAGAACAAUUUGUAAAAGUGCUAAUUCACAUACAGUCAUCCUCUAAAUAUGCGAUCAGGUUCUAGAAUGGAGAACGUGAGUAUGGAGAAGGGAACUUGUGACUGGCAUGAUUGUACUGUCUUGGAUUUACAAUUGCAUGAUAAUAUUUUAUCUAUUCUUGAACUGCAUAGAUAGACUCAGUUGAAAUCAAUUCCUAAAAUGUCAAGUAGUUUCUGAGAAGAAAAUAAAUAAAAGAACUUAGGUUAACUGAGAAUUCAGUAAGAACAGGGCAAAUUUCAAGAGUAAAUCUAACUAAAUAUGAAAGUGUUAGUGUAAGGAGAAAUUAGGCAAUUCAUUGGAUGCAUUAUAUUUUAAAGAUAAAGUUUUCAUUAAAGAGUUUUAAAAACUGAUUAUCGGAAGGUUAAAGUACAAUCAAUGCGGAUAAAUAUAUAGACAAUUCCCAGGGACCUCCCCAUUGGCGUGUCUCAUAUUCUGAUAUCAAUAUUUAAUCACAAAAUAUACCAUAUUUCAGCAUAAGAAGAAGACCCAAAUUGAGGGCUGCAUUCUUGCCAAUGAUUCAGUAUCAACAAGAAUGGUUGAUGGUACUCUCACAUCAAGGACCUGUGAUUGUAAGAUGUGAAAUUAUAUUUCAAGUCAAGUUGUGAAGAAACGUAAUCUAGUACUUUGAUUAUUCAAGAGAUUCAGAUAGGAUGAUUUGAGUAAAAUUUAAACUAAUAACCAGUAAUUGAAUAAACACAUAAUAAGUGAAUAAGCACGUGUAAAAUUAUCAGAGUUUUAUAUGCAUGCCUAUUCUCAUUGCUGCAAAAUUUCCUGUCUCAAGAUACAACAUUCACAAUUAUUUCGAUCUUAGCACUGAAGUUCAGACAUAGAUAUUUAAUGAUUUAGAAUUUGUCUCACCACAAAUAUUUUGAAAAUAAUUUCCGACCAAGCUAUUUUUCUUUAUAUUACCAAAUGUAUUUAACUCCUCGGUGUCACACCAAAUGAAGUCCAGGCAUACUUGGUAUUAUGUUUCUCUUGGUCAUCAUUGUUUUUUACUGCUAAGAAGUCCUUGACAGGCCACUGCAAAGUCACAGAAACCAUCACCAAGUCUCUAUCAAAACAUUCCAGAUGGAGUUUCCAGACACUGUUAACCACAUUGCUCUAGUAAAUGUAAGGUCAUUGUGCUUGCAUUUUGGAAAUGACAUAACCUAAUCCAAAUAUUUAUGCAGCAUUUCUAUGUAUAAAGAACUGAUUUAGAUACAAUCAGGAAUAUAAAAAUGAACUCUCCAGGAGAAGAGUAUAAUGUAAUCAGAAGAUUAGUGAUACAAUUUAAGGGAGGGAGGAUAACCCUGGGAAAGCUUCUUGGAGAAUGUGUAUUUAGAGAUGGGAGCUUGAGAAUUCAGUAUGUCAAUAGGUGAGGUUAACAGAGACUACAUUUUCCAGUUAAGUAAACAGCUUGAAUAAAGAAGCAGCAGCAUGAGCACAAAUAAAAGUUCCAUUUUAAUUGAAGGUUAAGAUUCAUCUAAAGACAAACAAAGAUGAGGCUAGAAAGACUGGUCGAACCCUAAGGCAGAGAGGCAAGAAUAGGAACUUCAGGAGGCUGGGUGAUACAAACUUGUGAAGAGUUCACUAAGGUACUUGAGUAAAGAUGAACCAUCAUUAAUACUGCAGACGUUUCACCUUAUUGGUGUUUUAUGUUGGAGUAAGAUAAGCCAGUUAGGAAGCUACUGUAAUACAGGAGGUGAGAGAGAAUGAAGGUCAGGAUUCUGGUGACUGAAGUUCAGUGGACAAGGGGGAAGACAGAUCCUGAACUAGAAAGGAAAAGUGGCAGCAUGAAGCUGAGUAAUGUGCUGUGUGUGACAAGAGAAGGGGUCCUGUAUUGAAUAGUAGGUAUUUGUGUGUAAACAGACACUAUAACACCACAAGGAAAUUCUGAAUAUAUUAUAGUCUUGUUUGCUGUUACUUUUAACAUUUUAACCAGAUUUUAUUUUUCCUACUGAUCUAUGUGUUUCCCACAUUAGGGAUGACGAAAAAGAGUUAUCUCCUGAAGCAGAACCAUAAGGCAGGUCUGUCCAGAUUGUUAUUAUUUUUGUAAAAGUCUGUUCCCCACUAAAAGGGCUUUGUCUUCAAAUAAUUUGCUUUUUUCUUUCUAACUAAGAAAAAAAAUGUAUUUGAACAAAGAGAGAAAAGGGGGGAACUGUGAACAGAAUUAGGCUGCUAUGUGACCAGACAAAUCCAGGAAGUUGAUGUCUGAUUCUCAAACAAUUUCUGAAAUAUAUUUCUCAGAACAGAUUAAUUUUAUUGUUGAACAGUGAAAUGUACUUGGAAUCUAUGAGCCUCAGAAUGGUUGAGUCUGUGAUAACUGUGAUUCAGUUAAGCCAAAAAGGGCUAAAUAAAGGACUUUUAAGAUAUGGUUGACCUAAAUGGAAGUUGUUUGGAUCUUGAUAAACCACUGUAAUAAGUUAUUUGUGUCCAUUAAGUGUAUGUAGUCACUUCGUACAGUAAAGUCUUAUGGCUUGUGAUUGUAAUGGCUUCUGUCAUUUGCUUCUGCCUCACCAUUUUGGGGAGUAUUUUGUGAGUGUGGCAAAGGUAUCUCAAUUUAUCAGUCUUCUGUACAUUAAUGAUUCUAAGUGCAAAAUAAAUGCAGUAACUUGUUAUGAAAUAAAGAAUUACAUUCUCUUAAAA